AUGGGAGAACGGUGCGCUCUUAGCGAAAAAGAAGAUCCACUUGUCCAUCCAGACCAAAACCAUUUAAACACUCACAAGACUUGUGCAGACCUCCGAGCUUGCCGCAUUUGUCCAGAACGCCAGGGGCGGCCUCUUUUGGCAGAUGAGGUGCUUCAACUCUUGGAGGGACACCCGACGUUGUCCUUGGCCUUCCUGGAGCACCUGGUGGCGCGGAAGGAGGCCGAGCCCCGACACUGUGCCCAGCUGGGCUUGGCAUAUGUGGCCAAGGUGGAAGAGGACGAGAGUGUUGCGUUCAUGGGUGAGGCCAAACUGCUGAUGAGCAAGUCUGAGCGUUUGAGAGAAGUCUGUCUUAGUCAGGCGCGAAAAAGGGAGUUGCAAGCUUUGUUUCACAGUGCAGACAAGGAUGACAGUGGCCUGUUGAGUUUCACGGAGAUGUCACUAGUGCUGCGCGAGGGCAACCCAGAGCUCACGGACAAGGAGUUGGCGCUUCUGUUUCGGGAGAUUGAUACGAAUGGCGAUCUCACCGUGGACUUCAAAGAGUUCGCCAAGUAUUUGAACUCCAUGAGUGCCGGCAAGCUCCAAAAGUCCAAGAGCAGAGAGCAGGUCACCGCAGAGAGGUGUAAGGAGGAGUUCUUUAAGGUGGACGAGAACAGCGAUGGGAAGUUGAGUCGGGAGGAGAUGGCGGAGCUCUUGCGCAAAGGAAACCCCGAGAUCACUGAGGAUGAGUUGACCUUGCUUUUCGACACCAUGGAUCAAGAUGGUAACGGAUCAUUAGAUUUCGAGGAGUUUGUGGACUACAUCACAGGUUUUCAAAGACCGAAGCCGGAGAAGGUCUCUGAUUUCAUCCCUUGGGUCGAGACGGUGCCCUUGCCCGAGGCCUACGAAAGACGGUCUUCCACCCUCCCAAGGGGUGACGAGCGAGGGCUUUUUCUCCAUCAGUUGUUUGCCUUAGCCAAGCUCAUCAAGGAGGUGCUGGAGAAAUGUCCUCUUCAAAGCGAUUCCGCUUCCGGGCCCAGUAGAGUGGCUGAAGGAGGUGACUGCUUGACUUGGAUAACAAUUGACAUGUACCAAUGUAGCAAGCACUUCUUGCAGCCCUUGACGAUCCGCUUCCAAUGCUCCUUCGUGGAGCUGAUCGCAGAAAAACCACAAGUGUCCAUGCUGAAGUUUCACCAAGAGCAGCGGGAGACGGGGGGCGAGACCGCUUGGUGGAUGGAUGCCUUUGCAAGGUCUUUACAUGGCGAAGAAGUGACGAACUUCCCAAUGCCCCAGGACUUCGAGCAAAGCCCUUUCUGCAAGGUGCUGAUCAGCAAAAGCUGCAAGGGCACCGUUGUUUUGCUGGAUGGGAAAGGCCGGGCGACUGGUCGUUCUUGGUGCCUAUUGGAGCUGGCCUUGAGCCUUGACAUGCAACUGGACAAAAGCACCACGCAUCUCACUGACAUAGUUGCCUGGAAUGAACCACUUAAAAAGGCAGCCAUGCUGGCAGAUACCGGUGAUGGCACCUCCGAGGAGGUCCUCCGUGAGCCCUUUGGGGCCAUUUUCCCAAUGGAUCUGUCUUUGAAGGGCUAUCGGACAGCUGUGCAGAAGUCAGAAGCUACACUGGAGGCGGACAGGAAGCGUAUUUUGCACUUCUUGGCCAGUACCCCUGCAGACAGUUGGGACAGGCUGAAGCCUCCAACGGAUUCCGUUGCUUACACAGCUGUGAAUGGCCGCCUUCAGCACAGGUUCAUAGCGGGAGCAAUGGCAGCAGCAGCAAUGAUGAAUGAUGAAAAGACCUUGAGGAAAAUCGCCUCAGAGCAUCCUGAGUUCCAGGAGAGCUGCACUGCCUAUGGCUUCCGGCCACUGCAUGCAGCAGCAAUGAAGGGUUCAUUGCACACCCUGAAGGUUCUCAUUAGCCUCAACUGCGACCUGAACGCGCCUUCCGCUGAUGGGCGGACGCCUUUGUUCGUUGCAGCCAGGGAGGGCCAUGAUGCUACGGUCACACAUCUGCUCAAGGCGAAGGCGGAUGUCCAUCAAACCUCCAUGAGUGGACACACCGCACUGCAUGCAAGCAUUGAAGGUGGUCACAUCACGAUUUCCGGAAGUUUGCUGGAUUUCAAGGCAGAUCCCAAUUUCAGUGCUGCACCAACAGAGACACCUCUCAUCUUAGCAGCCAGGAACGACCAGGCAGCCACCUGCGGCCUGUUGCUCGAUUACAAGGCCGAUCCUCUCAAAGAGUCCUUAGAGGGGCAAAAGCCCUAUGAAGUCGUGCAGAGCAGCCAGAAGCUCGUUGACACCUUGAAGGAGGCUGCCAAGGAGGCCAGCAAAGGACGGACUGCUCGGCGCCGUCCCAGUGUGCAAGAAGCACGCAUCGUCAAUGGCCUGAGCCAGUUUUGCAGCAAAGAGGUCAAGGCCUCAAGACAGGUUCCGUUCCUGGAAGAGGCCGAGGGGGAGCCAACCGCAGAGCUCUUGCCGCGCUUGGAGGCGCUGGAGCUCCAUGAGGAGCUGGUGGUUCUUUGCAGCCGAGAGAAGCGCCACUAUGAAGCCUUGCGCAUUUUGGCCUUGGACCUUAACGACUUGGGCCGUGCAGAGAUCUAUUGCCGUUUGCUCAUGCGGAGGGAAGCGCAGGAGUCGACUCAGGCGCAGUGGCGCGCCGCGGCGCAGAUCCGUCACGAGUCACAAGAGACGUUGUUAGCAGAUAUGUUCACUGAUCCGAGCAUCGUCUUGUCCUUAGCCGGAUGCCGCGGGAGAGCCAUCGGCGAGCGUGGAAGCGACGGUGCGCACACGUCCACUGAUGCUUUUGCUGAAGAUCCUGCCGCGGUUCCCAGUCGAUCCAGAUCGAUCGCUGGAUUUCCAGAGAGGCUGGAGGCUCAUGAGACCGCGGCAGAGAAGCCAGAGAGCUACAAGAAGGUGAGUGUGGAAUACCGAGACGCAGUCCUCGCGCUGCUGAUGGGCUACGCCGGGCAUCGAGAUGUGCCACCCAACGAGGUGCUGGGCUUGUUGCCUUCACACUGGACCUUGGAGGGUGUGGCUGAGUACCUCAGCCAAUGUGCACGCAUUUGCUUGCACCAGCAGCGAGCCAGUAUGCUGGAAGAAAAUCUCAGCUCGAUGGCAUACUUGAAGACCUUUAGUGCUUGGGCCAAGGAACGCAUGAGAAAGGUGAACAUCACCGUGGACCGAUGUUGCCCAGUCUGCAACAAGCGCUUCGUGGACAAGGACAAUGUGGGAAAGGCCUUUGUUGCCUACCCCAACGAGACCUGCGUACACUUCACCUGCAAGGAACAUCCCUCCAUUUGUCCAAAGACCGGAAAGAACUUCUCUGACAACUUGUCCGUCUACUGCCCCUUGGCUACAGGUCAGCCUAAGGCCCUGCUCCUUGAGGCCGACCGCGCCGACGAAGAGGUGGAGACGGAGCCGGAAAGCGAAGAUCGCGCCCACCAGGAUGUGGUGCCACGGGCACUUCCAGAUGGGCGGAUGGCUUGUGAGUUCUGUGGACGGAAGUUCAUCCCGUCCAGCUACCAGCGGCAUCAGCCCAUCUGUCAGAAGGUCUUUGGAGGAAGCCGGCCACAGUUCCUUCCUUCCUAUGGCGUCUCCAAGGUGGAGCGCGCCUCGCCAGGAAGAACGAGUCCACGAUGCAAAGCAGCCUCCAAAGCAAAGUCUGGGCCUGCCAGUCCCCGACCUGGUCUAGCUGCUGCUGUACACCAGCCAGCGCCACCAGCGCAACAAAGGAGUGAUCGGAGCAGCCAGGCGUCGACGGCUGGUGCAGCAGGCGUAGGCGCAGGCACCGAGCAGCCGAACUUGCAGGACAAAGAGCAGCGAGUGAUGCAAGUGAUGAACGAGCAGAUGGAGGAGCUCCGGAGCUUGAGGAAACAGGUCGGAGAGGAGCCUCAGCCUUCGCUUCAGGCACUCAGGAGGAAGGAUGUCCCUCCUCGCGGUGGCCGCGAGGUGAGUGAAGCUGACCCAGCAGAGCCAGGUCCAAGACCGCAGGAGCGUGCUUUUCGGAGAGUUCACCGGGAGGAUCGGCCUCUUCCAGAGCCCAAGAAGCUCGAGGACCCUGGCCCCAGCUGCCCCAGCUCUCCCUCGUUGGUUUCAGCUGCUGAGACGCAGCUGGUGCCCUGCGAGGACUGCGGCCGCCGCUUCAACCCCGCGAGCCUGGAGAAACACCGGCCCAUUUGUCGGAAGGUCUUCGGGACGCGGCAGUCAGCGGAAAAGGCAGCGGCUGAGAAGCCUGUGCCAAAGGCAGUGGCGACGGUGAGAGCGAAGGAGGUGGAGAAGAGCGAGGCUCCAAAGCCCAUGCGCCGGGAGGUUCCUCCCACAUCUUCCACUCCGAACUCAGGGUCCGGUGGAACUCCCGCGAGGCCCAGCGAGGUGGAGCCGAAAAGCAGCUCAAAAGGAGCUGCUGUGAGCCCCCCACGCAGCCGGGACGCACGAGACACGCGACCUGAGCCCUCGGAUUGGCAGCCCUGCAUGCACUGCGGGAAGUCCUUCCGCCCGGCGGGCAUGGAGAGACAUGUGAAAGUGUGUCAGAACAUCAUGCAGAACGAUGCCAAGCGCCAUAGCCGCGAGCUGCGUCUGAAAGCGCAGGCAUCGGAUCGCGCCCCAGAAAAAAUGCUCUCCAAGGCCUCGGCUGAGCUCAAAGCACCCAAAGCUGCAGAGCUCCCCACAGAGGUGCCGGACAGCGUUCCAAUGAUCUUCGGCGGGCCAGGAGGCUGUGAACCUGGAAGCCCUCUAUGGUCUUUGGAAGGGCCAGCACCUGAAGCUCUCACACCCAGCCGCCAAGAUGUGGAUCAAUGGGAGAAGGAAGUGGAAGAGGCAAUUCACGCCAUGUCAGAGCCUGGAACAUCAGCGCCAGCCACCACGCCCACCGCGCCCACUGCGCCACCGCCGCCGGACAUCAAUGCCUUGACAUUUGUGUCAACUCUGCCCCUGCCUGCAGGAACCUUUCAGGAGCCCCCGGCCGGCCACACCUUAGAGGACAGCGUUGAAGAUGCGCACUCCAACGGACGGAAGACCUGGUGUUUUCCAAUGACCAACGGAGAGAACAGCAAGUUGUUGACCACCAGCUCGUGGUUUCAUUGGUUUCAACUCAGCUCUUUUUCUUACCUCGUGAUCUCGGAAUAG